AGGCUUUAACUUUGAGUGCCUUCUCUGAAUCCCUGUUGUGGGUUUUGAGUGAAAGAUCAUUGAAUAAUUGAAUAUGGGUAAAUCAAUAGCGAGGGUGAAUAGAAUGCUGACAUAGUGAAAUGGAGAGAGGUGGCAGAAGGUUGGUGUAGAAUAUGAAAUCUGUUUCUAUUGCCUGACGACUGCCACUAUGACAAUAAAGGUCAAAUUUCAGAGCAUAAUGUCUAAUAAUAGUACAAGUGGUUAUUGAGGUGAAGAUUAUAUCAUCAAUUUAACAGGCGUAGUCAAAAUGGCAGGGAAGUGGGCAAAUAUCUCUAGGUGAAGAGCCUUUCAACACACAUGCAAUGGACUUAUUGCCACCAUUUGCAUGCAUGUUUCUGAGAAUGAAAACAUGAGGCAAUUGCAAGAUCAAAGUACAUCUCUGGCAAGCAUCUAUUUAUUACCCCGAAUAGUGGUUGGUGAGCCAGGAUUUGGGGAUCUAUAUGGCUCAGCUGUUCCUUCCAUCACCGACCUGUUCCACAAUGUCAUCUGUGAGCUUGAAGCCAGUAAUCACCAGUUAGAUGGAAGAAGGUGUUGAGUUGGGACUUGGGAGGACUCUGGGAAAGCUGGGCCAUAAAGAAAGGCUUUCCUUAUCUCCAGAGAUGCUGUCUGACCCACUGAGUUACUCCAGCAUUUUGUGUCUACGGCGUCAACCAGCAAUUGCUGUUCCUUCCUACACAUUACUACUGGUGCUCCGUUAGUUUCCAAGCAAAUUAGUGCCCGUUAGUGCCCAUUUGCAGUGAGUCCCACCUGUUGCACAAAUGCUUUGUCAUGCAUUAGAAGCAUGAGUUCAUAUUUUGUUGACAAGGAAGUUAUUUGCCAUUUUAUUGCUGCUUCUUUGUUUCCAAAUCUUCCCUGCACUGUACCUUAAAAGGAUUGAUCCGAGAGCACAGUAGCUGCAGGCACAAAGAGACCUUUGUGUUUUAAGCACUGGGUUAGCAAAACAGUAAACGUUUCAAGCAUAGAAAUGUAGCAGGAGAAGGCUACAUGACAUGUGUUGUGAAUAGUUGUUGACGUGAGAGGAGGCACAAAAUCAAUUGCAAAACAUUGGAAGUAAUCGGGGUUGAAUCUGAACCCAUCAACCUUCUGAAUUUUCUCUUUGUUCUGAUUUCUGAAAAACCAGGCUGACUUCCUGCAUCUGAUUGUGUUGAUAAUGUAAUGAUACAUGUUUAUAUCCCAUAGAGUAAUAUUGAAUCUUUUUUUUGCAGAUGCUGCCUGAUGCUCCUGGAAUAAUGGAUUGCUGACGAGGUUAUGACUCCAGAUGUGGGAAGGAAUUGCAGACAGUUACCUCUGGUGAUACACAAUGAGCCUGGGACAACGAUGAUCACUCCCUGUUACUGACAACCCGACUCCACUGGGAUCUUCCCAUUUACUCACUGCCACAAUGCCUGUGCAGGCUCCACAAUGGACGGACUUCCUCUCCUGCCCAAUCUGCUGCCAGACCUUUGAUGAGAACAUUCGCAAGCCCAUCAGCCUAGGCUGUGGCCACACAGUCUGUAAGAUGUGUCUCAACAAACUCCAUCGCAAGGCUUGCCCUUUCGAUCAAACCACUAUCAACACAGACAUUGACUUGUUACCUGUGAACUCUGCAUUAUUACAACUGGUGGGAGCCCAGAUUCCAGAACCACAACCUGUUACCCUGUGUACCGGAGCAGAAAACACCAAACACUAUGAGGAGGCAAAGAAAUGUGUCGAGGAACUGGCCCUAUACCUCAAACCACUGAGCAGCACCAGAGGUGUGGUGCUCAGCAGUGCAGCGCAGAGUGUGCUGAGCCGGCCCAUGCAGAGGAAGCUGGUCACUCUGGUUCACUGUCAGCUGGUGGAAGAGGAGGGUCGGAUCCGGGCAAUGCGAGCCGCACGCUCAUUGGGGGAGCGCACCGUCACAGAACUCAUCCUCCAGCAUCAGAACCCACAGCAACUUUCAUCUAAUCUGUGGGCAGCAGUCAGAGCCAGGGGCUGCCAGUUUCUGGGGCCAGCAAUGCAGGAAGAGGCUCUCAAACUGGUUCUCCUUGCACUGGAAGAUGGAUCUGCACUCUCGAGAAAAGUCUUGGUGCUGUUUGUGGUUCAGAGAUUGGAACCUCGAUUUCCCCAAGCCUCAAAGACCAGCAUUGGCCAUGUGGUACAGCUCCUCUACAGAGCAUCAUGUUUCAAAGUCACAAAGAGAGAUGAAGAUUCAUCUCUAAUGCAGCUGAAGGAGGAGUUCCGGACCUACGAGGCCCUGCGGCGGGAACAUGACUCUCAGAUCGUGCAGAUUGCCAUGGAGGCAGGGCUUCGUAUUGCUCCCGACCAGUGGUCCUCGCUCCUAUAUGGAGAUCUGUCGCACAAGUCCCACAUGCAGUCUAUUAUUGACAAGCUGCAGACACCAGCCUCCUUUGCACAGAGCGUUCAGGAGCUGACAAUCGCCCUACAACGAACUGGGGAUCCUGCUAAUCUGAACCGGCUGAGGCCACACCUGGAACUACUGGCCAACAUUGACCCCAGCCCAGAUGCCCCCCCUCCGACGUGGGAGCAGUUGGAGUUCGGACUGGUAGCUGUAAAGACCGUUGUGCACGGACUGGUGGAUUUUAUACAGAACCAUAGCAAGAAAGGAACAGAUCAGCAGCAGUCAGCACAGAGCAGCAAGUACAAAACCAGCAUGUGCCGAGAUCUGAGGCAGCGGGGAGGCUGUCCUCGAGGAGCAAGCUGCACUUUUGCCCAUUCCCAGGAUGAACUUGAAAAAUUUCGCAUGAGGAACAAGCGGUUAGCAGCUGGGCGGCCCCUCAGCCAGUCCCUCACCCAACUCAGCAAGGUGGGAGGGGUGAUGUCGGUCACAUCCAACAGCUUGUCGGACGAGGGCUCCUUGGAUGCCUGCACGAAGCCCGUCUCCAUCCAGAACGGCAUGGUAGCCACGGGCAACAGCAUCGCACAGCUGAUAUCGCGUGGGACUGACUGCGCCUACGACAUUACCAUGAAGCCGGGCAAGAUGGGCGACAUGAGUAUGAGCGCACCGGGAUCGGUGUCGGGAUCUCCACCGGACUCGAUAGAGUUGCCACAGAAGAACUCCCUUGGUGCGGUGCCAAUCAGUGCCCUCUCUGUGCCACCGCGAAUAAGUGCUGAGAUGCCACCUAUGCCAGUCUCCAAACAGAUCCAGAUGGUACCGCGGGGAUCACAAAUGUACUCCCCUGGCCAGCAGCCGGACGUGUACUACCAGGACCCGAGGAGUUCUGCUGCUUCCUACGAGCCACCACAGUAUCCGCCAAACCUUUACUACUCUCACCACUCCUCCGGAUCUGUGGCACCCUACCUACCACAUUACAGACGGCCUGGCAAUGUACCAGAGCCCCCACUGCCUCCUUCCAGUCUCCAGUACCAGGACCACUACCCAUCCUACAUUCAGGAGAGGAUGGGAAGUUCUCAGUACUCCAGCCCUCAGCAGUACCCGCUGGCACAACCAGUUUCAGGAAUGUACCCGCCCCAUUACGAUGGGCGGCGGAUCUACCACCCUCCGCAGUCUUACCCGAGGGAUGACAUUCGCAACAGCCCGAUACCAGUCGACGUGCCAUCUGCAGUGACCAACUGCAUUGCAGAGCCCAGGGAACGCUAUGCUCCUGAAAGCUACUAUAACAUGACCUCUCAUCCCAGCCACAUCAGACCUGCAUACAGGGAUCCUCACAGCAGGGUACCCCAGCACCAACCUCAGCCCCAACCAAGCUUGGAUUACCUGCAUCGGCGAAGGAAAGAGCUCAUGGCUCAGCUCGAGGAGCGCAAAACCAUCUCGCCACCUCCAUUCCCCCCCAAUGCAGUGAUGCCAUCUUCCUUUGUUGAUGUUUCCCCGGAGUAUUCCGAUGAGGACCUGAAACCAGUGAAGAAGUACAAGGACCAUGAUUACACUGCUCAGUACUCGCCCUGGUCUUGUGACACAAUUAGUUCUUACAUUGGCAGCAAAGAUGCACAGCCCAAAGACGUUAUGACUUCCAGUGGCAUGGAGAUGGCGAACGUUGACAAUAAAGGCCUGCGGGAGCAGCUAAUGAACCUCGACAUUCAGAGGAGAGCAUCUGAAAACAAAGAGGAGGACCCCAUCAUACCCUUUGGGGAGUUGCCAACUGUUUCGAAGUUUGGUGCCAUUUCCCGCACUUCCAAAACCAGCUAUCAGACAACAGGGCCAGUGCAAGCUAUGGCUUCACAAACCAUCGCCCCCAAGCCCAUCAGUGUCACAGAUUACAAUCCGUAUGGCAACCACAACAACUGGACAAACGCGGCAGCUUCGUACUCUUCUCACCAGACCUUACAUACUCAGGGACAUUUCAUUGACAGAGAGAGGCUGAACAUGCAGGAAAUGAGCGCCCACGGCAAGCACCCUGUACCCCACACACCUCCAACAGACAGGGACCAACUGCGAAUGGAGCUGCAACAAGUCAACCAGCAGAUCAGCCAGCAGAACCAGCUCCGUGGAAUCGAGGCCGCCAGUAGCCCAGUGCUGGGCCAGCGGGAGGUGGCCGGUCUGGGCCCACAACAGCACAGCUCGUGGCCAAGCCGCAUGUCCAGCGAGCAGCUGAGCAUGGAGCUGCACCAGGUGGAGAGGGAGAUUGGCAAGAGGAAGCACGAGCUGGAGACGGAGAGUCGGCCCUCAUUGGAAAUGCAGUAUAAACUGGCAUCAAGCCAUCAGGCAGAGAACGGGCAGCCUGAGCAACAACACAAGCCCCCAGAGGACCUACAGCCUUCCCUCAGUGAGGGAUGCAAGAUCGGGGCCUCGGGCUUCACUACAGACAGCGCCGUCAGCACACUGACCAGCAAAGCCGCCGCGCUCACCUUGGCCCUGGACGCAGAGGGAGCAGGGGACCACUGCGACAGCCAGCAGAACGGCCUUUAAAAGAGCAAAGACAACAACAAGUCCACCUAACAGCUCGUUUAAAGAAAAAUAUACAGCACUGCAACCAAUGGACUUGACAUGUCACUCAUCUAGAUGCAAUGCGUCAAAGUAGCAUUGAGUUUUUUUGUUGUUGUUGUGUGUAUGUGUGAACUUUUUAUUUUAUUAGCAUGCAUGCCUUGGCUCGCAAGGCAUGAGACAUAUCCUUAUGAUUACCUGGUUAAUCUUAGUGAAGUAAUCUCACCUUAUGUACCCCAACUUCAGAACUGUGCCUGCAACAGCGCAAGUUAUUGAAGUCACAUUCCCAUGGGAUUCUGAGAUGAUGUGACGAAGGUCAACGUCACAAAUGGAACCUUUUUAGUUCCACUGCAGUGAGGAGCAAAUACUUCCACUAACACGUUUAAUCAAAAGCUGUUACUUUCUGAUAGAAAGAAGCUCUGACAUCUUUCUUCAAGCGACCUUCCUCAGAAGGCCCAGACUCCACAGUGGGGAGGGAAAAAAGUGAGAAUGCCUUUGGCAAGUGGAAAAGUAACAUUCUUAAAUAUUGUCACUGUACUUUCCACAGGGUGGAAAUUAACUAACCCAAGAGCAGCCUAACAGGAAAGGGUUAAUGCUUUCUGAAAAUUACCUUUAUUGAAGAUACUGCCUCCCUUUAGAUAAUUUCCCAAGUGUGUGCUCAUUCAAAUGGUCGCGGAGAAACUGAGAGAUCAUGCCUGCUGGUCCCACUGAGAUAGGUUCAUCCAGGCAUCCCACAUUGGGAAGUUGGAUCAGAAUAUCAACAUGGGAGUGGAUUGAUUCUGUAAAGGAGGCCAGGCAGAUCUCCUGAUAUGGGAGAGAUUUGGGCCAUAGUUCUCUGCACCGAAGGAAAUAAGCCGGAGUGCCUGGACAGGGGAGCACCAACCGAGGUGUUUGGCUUCAGUGGGGGGAGGAUUGGUUGUGGGGGCCUCAGCAACAAUUCCCAGUGCAUGAGCAGGUUGAGGGACUGGAACCAUUUUGGCAGUGGUGUCCCAUCAUGAUGGGUUGGGUGGAAGAGGUUCAGGGUGGGAGGGCAAAUCAGAGGUCUCGGGUACAGCGAAGGGUUGUUUACAGGCGAAUCCCAUGAUGCGGUGGGUGACCUUUCAGUUUCUCCGUGCUGACCCGUGAAGGUGGUAUGAGACUGGGCCAUCACUUAGCUGCAGGCUAACAGGAACAAUAUUCUCAAUUAUCAGUCAUUUAUCCAGUAUAAAUCUUCAAAUAAACUAGAUCCAGAAAUGAGUGCGGGAGGUGCAGGAAUCCCAUACCGCAGCAGUUUCAGGGCUCUCUCAUCAUGUCUGCAGCACAAUUAGAAUGGGUAUUAGAAAUGUUCUCCAGGGCUGGUUCGGUGUAAAGGUUUGUGGAUCUCAGGCCCUGCUUGUGUGGGUCUGAUUAAAGGAUCCCAAUUGCCCGUUGCAUCAGCACUCCUGUAGAACAUAGCAAGUGUUGGCAUGUCCUCCCUGCUCCACACCUUUCCUACCAAGGUGACCAGCCUCCAUGCUGCUUUUCACAUUGAAUCUUGAGCUUUACGAAUGUUGGCUGGGAGGGUUCUUCAUUGCAGAGUUCAGCUUACAAUUUUGAGCUUUAUGCAGUUUGUUUUUAAAGAAAAAGAUCCUUAUGACAAGUUUUAAACUGAUCGUUGUGUGCUGUACUGCAAAUUUCCUCAAGGCUGCGAAAGCUGAAACUUUUUUCAAAAUGUGUUUCAAAAAUCCAGCCUGUUUUAUUUCAGACCCGGCUGUGUUGGCUCUAUUAGUUAACUCCUGUUUUACUGUUGGACAGUGCUGAUCACAGCAGCCUUACACUGUUGGUUCCAACUAAACUUGGGCCGUCAUCUCAAGCACUGCUGUCAUCUGAACUGUGUGCGGUGAUGGGAAGGGGUGGGGAGGCCACUGAAUCCUCUUACAUCUAAGGACUGGGCAAAGAGAAGUGAACCCAACAGAUUUGUUUCCCCUAUCCCUCACCCACUGGAAUUCACCCAAUUCAGUGGAAUUGGCCUUGGUCAGUACUUUUCUCACAGGUUAAUACCCCUUGGACCACAGCUGGAGUCUGUGCUGUCAAAGGAGGUUAAGUCAACAAGUCAAUAUUUUCCUCAAACAUUGAUGGUACAGUGUUCACAAAAUGAUCCCCAAGCGCCUGGGAAGCUAAGUGAGAUCUUCUCAGCCCAAGCGAAGGAUGCCGCUCCUUGUCUAAGGACCUUCCUUUGGGGAUUUAUUCCUUCCCCACCCUCCACAUCCGGGUCUGACCUUGACACACCAGGCAUGAUGUCAACAAUCCCUUCCACAAAAAAACAUCCCUGCUUUAAAAUCUCCCCAUUCCAGGUCAGAUUUCUGGCAUAUGUUUUGCCCCCCCCACUCCCCCUCCCUCACUGGGAGCCGGUGUAAGUGGCCAAACUAUUGAAGUUGUGGAUCUGUUGUAGCCCACUGCACGGAAAGGCCUGUCGAGGAACGGCUGUCGGGGAGUUUUACCACUUUUCUGGGCUAUUUUAAGUUGAAUGACUUCUGCAGCAAAGUGCUGCCUGUUGAAGUAGUAUUUCUUGCUAUUUUCUCAGCUAUGUAAUCAUAAAUAUGGUACUUUUUAGAUUGUUUUUCCAUCAAGCCCACGCCUAUGCUAAGCACUGAUAUUCAGUCGGUUAAUGGGCCAGCGGUUCUCCGGCACCAACGUGAGUGGGCACAGUGUCUGGCGCAUUGCCUUGUGGUGCUGUACUGUGCCAGUGGGUCACUGCAUGCCACCAGUUUGUCCAUGCAGCGCCCAGUUACACUGACGCUCUCGCCCUCACACAGCAACCGCUUCACUCUCCACAGUCCCCCAACCCUUGAUCUUGUUGCAAUGACUUCUGUGAAGUUGUUUUCUCCAGUAGGGGAUGGAAAUGAUUAUUCCUCACUCAGACUCUGGAGAUGGCCACGAGCUGCUGGCGGGCACAGCACCCACACUCAUGCUUCCACUCUUGGGUACCCGGGCUGUCGAGGGCGUUAUCACAGCAGAUGUCGGGAGGAGACGGGGUGAAGGGACCUUUCACUGCACCAGCUCUAGAGCCAGCCCGCACCGGUCUGUGCUCAGGGCCCCAGACCUUGGCCCUCCCACACCUAUGUCUACAGCUGGGACCAGCCACAGCAGUCCCACACAUCUGUACUGAACACACUGUCGGCAACAGCUGUUCAGGCCCAGGAUGUUUCAAAACACCCUCCUGCUGCCAGCCCCCUCUCUCUCCCUCUUCCACCCUCCCCUCAACCCGCUGCCACGUCCUGUACCUCGGCUGAUUAUACCUCAACCUCAUUGCUCCCACAAGCCCAACUCUUUUGGCAGUUUAAUGCCAAAAAAUAACAUUCAAACAUUCUUAAAUACUGUUGCACCAAACUAUUCAUUUAUACCAGUACAGUUCCAGUUCGACCCAGUCACUGGACAGGACAGUGGACUGAAUAGUUAGCUCAUUUUUGCAACCUUUCCACAACUCUCACUCCCUACCUCCCUCCUCUCAUAAGUAUUCUCACUCCUUAGCCUGCAUUCGUCCCCUUGCCUCUUACUCGUAUCCUAUUUCCCUCCCUUCCUCCCCUCCGACUCUCCUCCCACACUACCAGUGCACCCUCCCAUCUUCUUCCUUCCCUCCUCUCAACCUCAGUCCCUUCCUCUGCUUCCAUCCCAACUCCUAACCCUAUCUCUCCCUGCCAAUCCUCGCGCCUGCCUUGUGUCCACCCCAGGAGGAGGAAGCCAUGAGUGGGACCACUGCCCUGCCUGCAAUCCAUGGCCAGGCCACCCCCCAUUAGCACACGCUGGAUACUGACGCUGUCUGUGGUACGUUGGUGUUGCCGGAGGCCCCUUAGAGAGAGUGUGCCAUCGAUGCUCUAAGGCUUGAACCUUGGUUACGAGAAGAACAAACCCAGACACCACCUGAUGCCGAUCCUCACGGAGAGAAUUUUGCCUUCUCAUACAUCAACUUGUUUAGUUUUCUUAAAUUAAGGUAAAAAAAAAUAAAUUUCCUGAAAAUUUUGUUUGAUAUACUCCAGUAUGGAAUGUUUUAGAAUAUCUUUCUCCAAUGUGGAAUGUAGCUUUUUCCUUUGUAAUGAAUUCACUGUGUGAACAUUGUUUUUUGCCUUUGUAUAGUACAAUAAUAUUCCGCUUCAGUACUGGGGGAAGGGAAUCGGUUAAAAAAAAAACUGUACAUGAGAUUGUUCUGCUUUUCAGAAAGCAAAUGCAGUUCGUGCAUCGAGAGAAGUUCACAAGGACUUCAAUAAAUUGUUUAAAAAGAAAACAAAA